AGCAAUCGAUUGAUCAUUUUUACGGUGGAGGUCGUUUUGUUGUUUACCUUUUAGACUUAAGUGUUUGUUGUACUCGUUGACUGUGUGUUUUCCUGUUCAGUUUGGAGAGAAAUGAUUGCGUCUUCGUCUGAUACUGACACUGAGGAUGGAGAUGAACAUACGCAAGAAUUACUUAUCAUCUACCAGCGCGGAGAACAGCUUGCGAACUCUCCAUCGGGUCCACAGAAUAAUUCACCUAGUAUUAGCCCGUCGCUGCAUACUCCUAGCCCAACAUUUUCUGUUGUUUCCGAGGCCACGUUGCAAGAACAACAAGAAGAUGACGAGAGAAAAGAGAGAUUACAGCUUUACAUAUUUGUUUUGCGCUGCAUCGCCUACCCGUUCAACGCGAGACAACCAACGGAUCUUGCAAGAAGACACGCUAGAGUCAGCAAGCAAGAUUUGGAGAAAAUUAAGCAGCGAUUUGAAGAUUUCCUCCGAGGCGACACAAAGAUAGCGUCAGAUGAGGCAUUUUACAAUGCAGUACGAGCUUAUUACGACGUUUUUAUCUGCAGCGAAAGAGUGAAAAAGAUGGUAAUUAGUGGAGGUUGUUCUUCGAAUGAUUUCCGCGAGGUAUUCAAGGCAAUGAUCGAGAAAAGGGUGCGAAGUUUACCAGAAAUUGACGGCAUUAGCAAGGAAACUGUUUUAAGCUCAUGGAUGGCUAAAAACGACGCAAUAUUUCGCGGAGAGGACGAUCCGAAAAAAGGCCCAAGAAUCGCUGCUUCGGCGGCGUCUGAAUUGAUUUUAUCGAAAGAGCAGCUGUAUGAGAUGUUCCAGACCAUUCUGGGGGUCAAAAAAUACGAGCAUCAAAUAUUGUUUAAUGCCUGCCAGGUAAUAAUUUCAAUAUUACCCUACAAAUAGUUUGUUAAUGUGUCAAGUGCCUGAUCUUAUUCGGUAUAAAAAGGGAGCAUCUGUUUCAGCCUUAAAUGUAAUUAUUUAUAUGUCGUGUUAUGGUUACUAUCCUUUCAGAAUUAGUCUAUAGUCAAUUGCCUCUGCAGUGUCUAAUUAAGUCUCUCUCCAAUUUUUGGGCGUCAAUUAGUUUUUGGAUGAAAUGCAAUGUUGGCCUCAGUUAAAAAUAGUAAAUUAUUGUUGUUUUGUCUUCAAAGACAAUGAAUGCUGUCUUUGAUGCUUUCAUCGAUGUCUCAGGUGUCUUCGAAAAGGAAAAUUCCGUUCAGGAAGUAAUUACAAAUUUGCAUACAUUCGAGAAAUAUUAGGCACGUUUUGUUUUGAACGCCAAUGUAUAUGUUCCGUAUGAUAAUAUUUCAUCUUUACCAGAAGAAAAGUUGAAUUAUUUAAUUGUUGUAAUUAAAGACCCAUAUGGAUUCAACGUUAUUGCAGUCAUUUGGUGUUUGCUGUCAAAACUUGUUUUGAUUUCAAAAUAACUUUUUUAUAUUGUCGAGGAAAGCAAUAUUUAUUAUAUCAGCUGUUUGAAAUACCGCUCUAAUUUACAUGUUAAAUAUCUCCUUUUUAUGUGUUGUUAUUACUCUACUUUUAGAACAAUUAAGAUGUUUUUGUGUUAGAUUUUUGCAGGAGAUGUAAAGCAAUAGGGAGGGAAUCUUAGGCCCUGUUUACAAGGAGGGAGGGUAACCCUUGUGCUAGGGUUACUCUAGCAAGAGGGUUACCCUAGCACACGCACAUUUCUUCUUGUUUUACACGACAUGUAUACAAGGCAGGUAGGGUUACCCUAGUGCUAUGGUAACCCUACGUUGAGUGCUAGGGUUACCCUACCAAGAGGGUUACCCCGGCACUCACACAUUUCUUCUUUUUUUACACAACGUGUUUGCAAGGCAAGUAGGGUUACCCUAGUGCUAGGGUAACCCUUCUGAGUGCUAGGGUUACCCUAGCAAGAGAGUUACCCUACCUGCCUUGUAAACACUGUGUUAGGGGCAACUUGUCUACCCGGAACAACGUUCCUCUGCCAUGCCUGACCAGUAAUCUUGACAAUUUGAACAGAAUUAUCCAAUUUCUGAGCCUAAUUAUAAACAUCUGAACAAUAUAAGGUAUUUUCUGUAUACAAUGAUAAAAAUUUUCCUGUUUUUCAUGAAUUGAAUAUGUUUUCCAUAGAGAACUUCUAGUUUUAUUUCAAAUCUUGGAUGUUUCAAAGAAUGUCAUCACUGGUAAAGUUGUCCUGGCUGAUGGCGUAACCCUUCCUGUGAAAUUGUGCUCAUAAACUCCGGCUAUCUUUAACCCACUUUCUAGGGUAACCCUCUCUCCUUGUAAACAGACCCUUACGGUGUUGGUCAGGAUAUGUGAAUUUCACUUAAGGCGGAAGCUAUUAUUAGAGGUUGUAAUUAAAUGUAAGUCUAACUCCUGAGUCAUCCACACAUUUUCAUCAAUAAUUUUGUUUAAGGUAUCAUUAGUCCCAAGUGCAACGGCCUCAAGGCAAACAAUGUAAUGUAGAAUAUUGUAAUGACGACUCUUGAAUUCUCUCUUGACUAAAAGAUGCUGAAUAAAAGUUUGCACACCUCUCUGGAAACAAACUUGCAAUGGAUUUAAGACAGAAUCCACCAGGAAAUUGAGUAAUUUCAAUUUUCAGUCCACGAAAACUUUAAACCAGAAUAAUUUAAAACAUAUUGCAUUCUUUUUUACAUUUUUCAAGGGCUAAAGAUGUAAUAUUAGUCAUCUGUAAUAACACCAGAGAAAAUUUGUUAUGGGAGCCUGAGAAAAUAAAUGUCAAAUUUCACAAAAUUACUGUACAUCUUAUGCAUGAAACUUUCAGAAUUUUACCUAAUAAGAAGGUUUCACAAUAUUCUUGUAAAAUUUGGCAUUCAUUUUCUCGGAUUCCCAUGAGAAAUUUUCUUGGGUGUUAUUGCAGAUGACUAAUUACAUCUUUAGCCCUUGAAAUAUGUUAAAAGGAAUACAAUAUUCUUUAAAUUAUUCUGGUACAAGGUUUUUGUUGACUGAAAAUUAAAAUUACUCAAUUUCCUGGUGGUUUCCAUAUUAAGCAUUUUUAGACUAGUUAAAACUAGUCUCAAAAUAAGGCUAGAAUCGGAAUUUCCCUCGAUCUCUGUCCUAUUAUUUUUUUCUUGAUUUCUGCUCUUUGUACAACCCUAUUAUAGCUUGACAGUGCAGAUGAACAAGCGGCAUGUAUCCGAAGGGAAUUGGAUGGAAGGCUGAAAGCUAUUGUUGACCAGAGAAAGGUACCAUCAGCAGAUUGAAAUUUACUUUUUUUAACUUUUUCUAAAACAAAACAAUAUCCAUUUACAAUACAUGUUAUGAAGACCUUGGAUCAAUUUAGGUUUCCGGGAAACUACCCACCCACCCCUCCCCUAAGCUAACAUUAGAAAACGCACUUCAAAACAAGCUUCAGCAGUGCUGAUUAAAAUACAUACUGUAUUUUAUACUGUUUUUUUUUUCUAAUUUAUAAGCUUCAAAAUGCCACAAUAAAUCAAAUCCACUUCAAUACAUUAUUUGAAGGGGGGCUCAUAUAUUGGGGAGGGGGGCGUAUAAUAUUUGGAUGUAUUUUUGUUUGGUUACAGGUAGACGGGCCUAUAAUGGCAGCGGGGGGGGUGGGGGUGGGGGUGUGGGUGUGGCUCAUAAGCAGUAGUUUAUGGCAUUCUUUUUAAUGCACACAUUUUAAAAUUUACAACACUUUACUGAAGCAUUACAUUUAAUUUCACUCUUUGAAUUAUUUAUAAUUUAAAUUGCACAUAUAGGUGUUACUGUUGUGUUAGCUUGUGAAAAUUUUACACGUGCACAAAAUUCAAAGAUGCUACACGCUAUAUUACUAAAAGAGAGUAAAAUAUUUUGCAAAAUUAUAUUUAAAAAAAGUAUACUGGCCACAUGUUUGUAACUCUUGUAGCAGAAUUGUGUGAAUGUUUCCUUUUUACAAAUUUUAGCGCUUGCCCAGUUUUGUUCAUAAGGAUAUGGAAGCUCUGUUUGUUGAAGAGCAGCAGGCAGCCAUCAACCAGCUGCGUGCCAACUUGGAGAGUCAGCCUGUGACAAAGGGAUUAUCUGACUCUAAAAUCUACUCAUUCAACAAAAACAAGGGGUGAGUUAGAGUGGCACAGGAAUACCAACAUACAGAAACCCUCUCUGCCCCAUUAAACAAAUACAGAUGACUCCUAAUGACUUGAUCCUUCAAGGGAAAUAAAAAAUGUAUGAGUUAUUGGGAGUUCAGCGCAAAUAACUGUGGACAAGGGAAAAAAGGGUUUACAGAGAAUUACAUUUAAUUGUGGUGGUGGCUGGCAAUUGCAGGGCAGUUUAAACCUUGGGGCUGAGUUCAAGGGCAGCAAGAGAUAUUUUGUCAUUUUGAAAAAGGGACUGAUCAGUAAAAAUGACACGGUUGCUAUGAAAUAAAUUCUUUUUUUCCUGACUGCAGUACCCGGUUUUUUUUCCUACUUGUAACAUGCUUAAAACAUGGUUCGAAUUAUCAAGGGUAAAAGUAUAUGGAAAAAUUUCUGCAGGAGGGCAUGCCCCUGGACCCCCCUAGAAACUCCUGCAUCCAACGCUCGCAAGUUGUGGCAGAUAACCACGUAUGUAUCUUAACCCUUACAGCUGUAAGUCUCAUGAAUGAGCAGCAGCAAUUUUCUCCUAAAAAUAUCUAUCCAUAGACAACAGAAAAAGGUCACAAAAAUUAACAAAAAUAAUGAUCACCUAAGGAAUUAAAUGCUUUGAUAUUUUAUCGAAUUCUCAACAAAUUUUUGAAGGAAUGUAUGGAGAUUAGUCGAAAGAAUUUGUUUAUUUUUAUAUAAACCCUUAAGUUCCAAUAGUGACCAACAUAAAAUUUCUCCUAACAUUAUCAUACAUUUUCAAGAGAUAAGGUUAUGAGACUUAAUAAAAUGAUCACUAAAGAGAAAAUGCCUGGAUCUUUCAUUAAAUUCUCUCAACUAAUUCUUAAAGGAAAUGUAUGUAGAUGACUUUGGAGAAUUUGUACCUGUAUAUUAGGGCUUAAAGGGUUAAGGAUAAUGGAACUUAAAGGGGGAAAGGGAGUUGACUGUAUUAACCUUUUAAGCCCUAAGGGUGAUCAGCAUCAAAUUUCUCCUUGCAAUAUCAAUGCUUUGUAAAACAGAGUGGUCAUGAGAAUUAUGGACAUGAUCACACAAGAUGAAUUUGCUUGAUUUUUUAUCAACUUCUCUCCACUACUUCUGUAGGAAAUGAAUAGGGGCAACAAAUGAGAAUUCAAAUGUUGAUCUUAGGGUCUGAAGGGUUAAACUACUCAGACCUUCUUUUUGAAGAUCAUGGUAAAAACUUUUCAGGGGCCAAAACCAAAUAUUAAAAACAAAAUCUAAAAAACUUCUGGCAUGGUUCCUAGCUAAAACAAAAAUUGCCCUACUUGCUGCAAGACGUGGCCAUGUCAGUAAAAAUGAGAAAAAAUUAAUAUUGAGGCAGUGCUAAUUGGUUUGCAGACGGAUAUUGUGUCUCAAUAUGAGCCAUGCUUGUUUUAGAAGAAAAUGAAUUGAAAUAGCCAUUGCUGAAGAAAUUAACUGCUAGUGCCUCGUGAAGACUGACAUGAAGGCAAAUAUCUGUCUUAUUUAAGCAAUAGAAAACGUUUUCCGUGUUUGUAUAGCCUGAUAUAAACACGAGAGGGGCUGGGAGAAUUCGAGACAGUUAUGCAAACCCAAGACGAAGUCGAGGGUUUGCAUAACUGUAACAGUAUCUAUGCAAACACGGGAAAAAACUUUUCUAUUGCUUUUAUAAAAAAAACUUUCCUGAGAAAAAAACGCAAAACUCUUUGUAUGGCACUGAUUAAAAGAGAAAUUCUUACCAGUCGCAAAAUCUUGUCCACGAAGUCUUGCACGCGUAAUCAGCUCUUGUUUUGCAAAAAGAUUUUUGUUGCUUAAAAUGUCAGCUUAAGCGAAGAAAAAUUGACUCACCCUCUUUGUAACGAUUUUCCAUGUUUCAGCCGACGUUUUGAACUCGAAAACUUUUUCAAAUUCGUGCUGGCAUGAUUAGCGUGUGAAAAGCCAAACAACUUGACGACACAACCAUGUUUACAUACUCUCAUGCAAACACUCCUCUCGGCCAAUCAGGGCGCGCAUACUAUCUUAGUUAUUUUAUAGAAUGAAUUAUCUAAUGUGUGCUUGGUUUGUAGCUCAAUGCAGUUAAACUUCAUAAUAUUCUUACAGACAAAUAUGCUCUGAUAUAUGUCAUUGAACACCCCUGAUCAUGGUCCAAUAUUUGCUUUGAUUCAGUGAUGCAUGCACAUGUAUAAUCCAGUGUUCCAGCCGGAAAAUUCUGCUUUAGGGUCAAAGUGGCCCCUACAACCCAUUUUUGGGGGCCAGAUUUUUCAAGAAAGGGCCAAUGUACCAGUAUCUUUCGAACAUACAAAAGAGAAGAAACAGUUCGGAAGUUAACUAGUAGUUUAAGAAAAUGAAAAUGAUAAUUUAUUUGAAGCUGACAUUAGGAGCGUUCCUUUUUUAACACACAAUAGAGUAAAUAUUCGGCAAUAGAGCAAACAGUUACGAACAAUCAGAAUGUAUGCAAUAAAAAUAGUAAUUUUAUUCAUUGCUGAAUCAUGCAUCACAUUACGUUGGAAUUAUUUUCAUAUGAGCUUGUUUUUGAUCCAGUUCGUUUCCUCAGGUCCGCUAUACCAACUGCAUUUUCCACUUCACCUUCAAUAUCUUCUUCCUUUCACUUCUUCUGAACUGCUUCGCCACCAUCCACUUUUUCGUUACUUACUGAAAAAAAACUUUCGACAGACCUCGAAGAUGCAUUUGUCAGGUUUAAACUUUUUUGAGAUGCCAUGAUGGAUACCCAUGAGCUCCUGCGAUAUUACAAAAACCAAUUCGAAGCUAUUGGCUGAUUUGAAAAGAUUCAUUGAUUGAUUUUCAUGUUGUGUUAAAAGCUGCAGAAUUGUCGUUCUUUAGAUUAACAAUUCUGUUUAAUUGGAAAAUUAUUGUAGUUGAAGUAACAGAGACAUUUUUAAGCUCGGGGAAUUAAAAAAGGAAAUGGCCAUCUCUCAAUCUCUUGCGGGAUUUUUGCAAUGGCGCCCUCUGGCUGGAAGACUGAUAAUCCUGACCUCUGUAACGUGGACACCUUUGUAAUGACAUCCGUUUGCACGAUCUGUUCCUUUGCAGAUCUGCCCUAAGGAGGGAUGAUCUUGGGCAUGGAUAAAUUCUGCUUGUGAAAUUGUAGCUUUUUCUGUCUGCUGGCAACACUCAUAAAAAUCACUUCAUCUGCUUGAAACACUGCUUGGACACCUUAAUUCUGCUCCAAAAAAUUUUUCUGCCUUUCCAUGACCUUUUGUACAAUGUAUUGCAACUAUGAAAAGGAAUCAUUAGGUCUAACCCUGAAUAGUUAUUACAUAUUUAUGAUGAACUCAUCUUUCUAGGUAUAAUAUCUUAUAUUAAUUAAAAGAAACCAUGUGUAGCUAAUUGAAAAGCUGUCACAGUUAAGUUUUUGUUUUAUUUCUUAAUUAUAAGUAUUGUGGAAAUUCAAAGAAAAAAUUGGUGUUGUGCAGCAAAUCCAACGGUGUUUUUGGGAAUAACUAUUCAUAAUUAAUUUUUCCCCUUUUUGUGAGGAAAUUCAGCAAGGUCAGAACAAAUCAUUUUUGUACUCACUGUUAUUUUUAUUUUUAGACAGCACACCAUUUCUAUCGCUGAAGUUGCUAAUGAGGAGGAUUCAAAUCUUUCCAAGUCUGACGUCAUGCUCAAUUUUACCAUUGAGGUACUGUAUGUCUUAACUCUUUAAGUGCCAAUAGGGACCAAAAACAAUUUUCUCCUAAUAAUAUCCAUACAUUUUCAAGAGAUAAAGUUAUGAGAAUUAAUAAAAUGAUCACCAAAAAGAAAAUGCCAUGAUCUUUUAUCAAAUUCUUUCAAGUAAUCCUUAAGAAAAUCCCGGGGGGGGACUCCCAUAUGAAACAGACGGGGAUGCUCGUCAGAAAUUUGAAAUUUAACCCCUAAAGGAGACCAUCUGGGCGUGGGUCAAGCUUUUUGUGACCCCUAAAGGAGACCAAUCUUGGCGUGGCUUAAGCAAAUUUUGACCCCUAAAAGAGACCGCUUAAAAACACACAAAUACGACAUGCAAUGAGUUUUAAUGAUAUAAAGACAUAAUCAUCGAAUGCUUUUAUCUAAAAGUAGUUUUAAAAGCAUUGUCACAGAGGUAAUGCAGUAAACAUAACAACUAAAAAGACAAAUUGACUUCUGUUUCUCUUCGCGUAAUUCUGUGUUUCUUCGCGGAACCCUAAACGAGACCUUAGCGCCUUAAAAUAUUGGCGCUUUGCCCGGAACACCCUAAGCGAGACCAAAAUCCAAAAUUUACACCCCUAAGCAAGACGACGAGCAUCCCCGUCUGUUUCAUAUGGGAGUCCCCCCCCCGGGAGAAAGUGUAUGGAGAUCAGUUCGGAGAAUUUGUAUGUGGAUAUUGGGGCUUAAAGGUUUAAUGUAACUGCAGGAUUAUCCUUGGUCUCAUUGUAAUGGCCCAAUAUCCACAUACAAAAUUCUCUGUACUAACCGCCAUGCAUUUCCUUAAAGAAUUACUAGUUCAGGGAGUGGUGCUAUUUAUUUCUUAAGAUUUUAUGAAAGAAAUUUAAUUUUUUCACCACUAUAAGGAUUGAAAGGAUAAAUCAAGCACAAAGCUAAGACAACCUCAUUCCCCUCAACUUGCUUUGUCUGUAAGGUUCCAAGAAAUCAUCUUGAUUGGUAAACAAAUUCUCCUUGUCAGUACCUCAGGAAAUAUAUGGAGAUCUGUGUGGAGAAGUGGUUAAGCAAAUAUCAAUUUGUUUCUGGAACUCUGUUGUUGAUGUUACAUUUUGUACAUGCUUGAAUCAUGCAUGAUAAAAAUAGAAGCCAAGGUUUUUGCAAGAUUCAGAGAUCAUUUGACGUUUGGAGAUCACUUGGUUUAUGAUUAAUUUGUUUGUUUGUUUGUUGUUUGAUUUUUUUGCGUUUUAACAGGUUAUUGUGGUAGAGGCAAGAGGACUACACAAGAGUCUUCCAUCUGUUAAGAUUGUGUACUGUACUAUGGAGGUAAAACUAAUGAUGCAAAAAUUAAGAAUUAUGAAUAGGGGUAUAUUUUUUUUUCUUGGUCUUAAUAAAUUAUUCCAAACAAGAAUAAUUAAUUGAAAUGAGCCAUGAAAAACUCAACUACUGGUAUGCUAUAGGAACAGCUUUCCAUUUCAAAAACCGCAAACCACUGGGAAUGUUUCAGGUGAAAGGUCACAUAAACUUGUCUGCACUUUUAGACAACUUUUAAUAUCUUCAUAUCAGAAACAUUUGUUUUGUUAAAAAGCCAAAUGACCAGUGAAAAUUAAAAUAAAAUAAAGUAAAAAAAAUAUAUAAAUUUUGUAUUUAUGUUUUUGAGUAAAGUCUUAUCCUGGAAUUCAUGCACAACUGACUGAACACUACAUCCAGUGUGUUAACUGUUUGUUAAUUAGGAAGAUUUUGUAUUUGUGAAUGCAGGAAAAAAACCUUUCCAGGAGAAAAUUAACCCCUUGGAUAAAGGACCAACUUUACAGUUGGAGAUAAAAUUUCUUUAAGGGGGCAUCCCUAACUAUUUUGAGACUAAGUAUUUCAUGGCUGCAUGGAGAUACUUGUAUACAGUAAUUUUUAAUUUUCUCUUCGAGUGUAAUAAUUUCAUGCUAGAAAAUGUUUUUCAACACUCAAACAGAAAUUUUGUAUCUCCAAGUGGCCCUAAUAAUAUUUAUUAUGUUCUAUUAAUUUUUUUAAUAAACACCAACGAAAGGCCAAACUAUUUAACUGAAAUAAAUUUUUACAGCAAAAGGCACAAAUUAUUAUGAAACCAUAGCAGUGUUGAUCUUUCCACACGUGUGAAAGCUCACCGGGUAUUUCAUUGGUGUUUAUGAUUAUCAGGGCUGUUACCAAGAUUUCAAGCUGCCGGGUAAAUACAACAAGUAGGUGGGGAAUCAAACAGCUAGGGAUUCCUGUUGGUUCUAUUUUUCUUCUGCAGGUGUAUUUUCCUAUGAAAGUAGCCAGAGGCCAUGUUCAUAGUAGCUGGGGGAAAUCCCCGGCCCCCUCCUCUUAAUGACAACCCUGAUUAUCAUUUUUGUUUCUUUGUAAGGUGGAAGGUGGUGAGAAAUUUCGAACUGAAUAUGCUGAGGCUGGGAAACCUGUGUAAGUAACUUGUAAAAGAGAGAAGUACAGCUGUACCUGAGUUUGGUCAAUAAUUAGUUCGUAAAAAAUUGUAAUACACAGUGUUCUCACCAGGAUUUUGCCUUGGGGAGUCCCAGGGCCCCCUCUUCUGAGAAAUAGGGGCCCUGUAAGAAAAUUAGGGGGACAAAGUUACAAAAAACACGCGGUACGAAGAACCUGAGCCCGCACUCCAAAUUGUCUGUUACAUGAAGUACCUACCUGAUCCAAUAUGGCGGAAGAGGUGUUUACGAUUCGGAGGAGGAGUUUACGAUGUAGUGGGACGUGCGUGGGACCAAUGAAAGUAAAGGCAACAAAAUUAAAGACUUUGACUCAUUUGAUACCAUGUUUUUUAUUUAUUCAAACAAACAGAAUGCUUUAGUGGUAGGUUGACCAUUAAAACUACUUAAGUCCGUUUGACUCGUAGCUUGCCCCUGCGCCCCAACGGGCACAUCUUCUUGGUUUUAAUGCGCCAUUUCAGUUUUUCUUGCGGGAAUCCCGCAAGGCCGCGGCCUGGUGAGAACACUGAAUACAUGUUUCUUUUACAACGGUAAUGGUGACAAUAAAUAAAGAAAUAUAUUAUUCCUUUAUUUAAACUUAGCAGACUGUGUAUUCGGCACUAUGUUUGUUGGGCUAAGAGAAUGGCCAAAAGAAAUGAUUUAUGUGAAACACAAACAAGGUUAAAGAAAGCGAACUAGCCAGAGCAAAAACCGUUGGCUGUAGUCAAUGAUUUGAACUCUGAACUGCCAAGAAAAAACUUCAGCUCAUGGUCAGAGCAGGUAUGAACUUGGGACCUGCAGAUUGCUCUCGAUCACUUAGCCUCUAACUAAAUUAAAAUAAAAUAAUAAAAGUAAACAAUGAUUUAGAGACAGUGCUUCCACUUGUUGUUCUUCAUCUGCCUGAUCCAUGUCAGAUUGCAAUUUGGAAAUUUUAGUUUAUGAGGAGAAAGUACCUGAAAAAAACCUCUCGGAGCAAAGGGGAGAACCAACAACAAACUCUACCCACAUACACUUCCAUAGGUAAUAUAGGGGUUGACGUUGUGAUGUGAAUCAGAGCCACUUGGUGGGAGGCACUUGCUCUAACCUCUGAGCCACCCUUGCUGCCUCUACAUAAUUUAUACUUACAAGCAAUAAUUGCUUGUGAUUACUCUGUAUCUGUUACUAUAUAUUUUGGUUAUAACUAUUAUUGUUAUUAUUAUUUUAAAAAUAAUUACCAUUGAUAUAAUAGUAAUAAUAAUAAUAAUUAUAAUAAUACUACUAAUAAUAGUAAUAAUAAUGUAAUAACAAUAAUAUAAUUUACAUGUAUUCUUUGCACAAUGGUCAGCUGCUGUAUUUUUUAUCUGCUGUAGCUGGGAAUCCCAGGGAGAUUUUACUACUUGUCAUCCCCGUCCUGUUGUUAAAGUCAAACUCUAUGCUGAGAACACAGGAAUUCUUGCUCUUGAUGAUAAAGAGCUAGGAAAGGUAAUAAGGAUAACAACUGCAUUGUGACUUGGCAAUCAUCUUUGUUCAGUAUAAAAACUAAGUGUAGGGUGCACAAGUUUAAUAUUAUUAAUAUUACCAAUAUUAUUAUUAUUAUUAUUAUUAUUAUUAUUAUUAUUAAACUCUUCUCAAAUUGAAAAUUAAGUACAAAUUUAGUAUAACUAUAGUUAAAAAAAGACUUCUUGGUGGUCUGGUGGUUUUCAACAGAGCAAAUGUAAACAACUGUCUAUAAACUAAAAAAAAAGAAAAUUUCUAUGUUCAUCCCAAUGAUAAAUAUAAUAAUUAUUAAAUUUUACUAUUUACAGACUCAAGAAUAUGAAAUAUUAAAAUAUAUACCCUAUGUACAUUCUUCUUGUGUACGAAAGAGAAUCAUCGUAAAAUCACUAUCUAAAGACUACUAAUAACAAUUAUAGAAAGCAUCAAAAAGUUAAUAAAAAAAAAAAAUUAUUAUUAUUAUUAUUAUGUCAUUAUACAGCUGUAUGUCAUUAUUAUUAUGUUAUUGUUAUAAAAAUAAAUUAAAAAUAAAAUUUCUUGAACACCUCAUUGCCUUUAAUUAAAAAAAAAGAUUAUUACAACAAAUUAUAUCAUGGUGUUCCUGUCCGAGAAUUUUGCAAUGCUUGUGAGCAUAAAUAAUUAUACCAGUGGUUCUGCAUACUGCCACUUAAUCUAUCUUUUAUUAGUACAACUUUAUUUUAUCUCUUUGAAAUUCCUGGUGUGAAAUCUAAACUCUCUAAUGAAAAAUGAUAAAUUAAAAUAAUAUUAAAGUAUUCUUUUAAUACAAUCGUUCUCAUUAUCAUCGGCAUUAGCAUCUUCAAUGUGGUCGUAAUAAUAAUGUGACAUUUCAUGCCAAAAUUAAGGAGUAUGUACAUGUUUGAUUUGUCGCCCAUGACAUUAUAUUGUUGUUAAUAAUUUCUGCCAGGUAAUAAUAAAGCCAACACCUGGUGGUUCUGAGCUUCCAGAACUGUACGAUGUUGUGACACCAAAAGGUGCUACUGGAGACAAAAUUAAGCUAAAAAUUGCCGUCAAGAUGGACAAGCCUGGAAAUCUCAAAAAAUGUGGGUAAGUUAUUGAUGGAGCAAAGAGAGAAUAGUAAGGUUGUUCAGGGUGCAAAGAGAACCAUUUUUACAGCUUGCCAUUCGGGUAAGCUGAAGCUGCCAUUUACUAGCCCAGAUGUCAUUUCAACUAGCCCAAAAACUUUUUGACUAGCAGAACUGAUUUCAUAGUUCUUCUGUUAUUCAUAUUCCACAAAAAACAUCACUUGCCCGUCGGGCAAGUUAAAAACAGAAUUCACUAGCCCGAUAGCAAAAUCAACUAGCCCGGGCUAUCGGACAUGUACUUUCUUUGCACAAAAUCUCAGUGACAGACAAUAUAGUAAGAUUUAUUUUAGUAUUGGCCUUUUUAGAUUAUCCAUCGGUAAAAAUAAAGAAGGCAAUAAGCAGUUGUGCAAAUUUCAGUGCAAGAAUGUAGUAAAUGUGGAUGGACGUGUUUUUAUCGUAGAGCAAUAAUAAGCAAUGUAUGCAUGUAUGUGUUUUUGUAAACCCUAAUUAUUUAGUCUUACAUGAUCACAAAUGAUAUAAUUAUUCAUAACCCUAAUUUAAUAUUAUUAUUAUGGUUAGGGGACAAAGGUAAUCAGGAAUCUAACUAGUUUGAAACCAUAAUAAAUUGAUUAAUAAAUUAAUCAAUUAUUGACCUGAAUAUUAUGUCAUUUUGAAUCACAUCAUAUGAAAGAAACUGUUGCUACCAUGCAUCUACAAACGUCUCUUGAAUUUUUGCCACUGAGACGUUGUCUUAUUUCUGCACCUCUAAGCAAAGGUGUCCUCUAAGAAAACGUUCAGGGAGCUCUAAAGUGCAAAACCUAUGCAAUCUAAGGUGCCCAGCAUCAAAGAUUGGUUCAAGAACAAAGAUUGCUUUGUCACGUAAUUUUCCAUACCUGAAAAAGUCUUGAAAAGCUAAAGCAAGUGCUUGGUAAAUGAAUUUCUUCCCUUUGGUAAAAUAAUUAUUCCAUCUCUUUUCACCUGUGGCCAAUUAAGACAUUCAUUACAGAAUGAGAAGUUUCAGAAGUCUCUUAAGUCCGCAUUAUUGGGGAGGGAUGCUUACUGUACAUACAUUUGCAGUGCACCAUGAAAAAAGCUUGGUUCCAAUGAUUUCACUUGCGUGUAUUUGUUAACCUUUAGUCUGCAAAAAUAAAUUUUUUUUGUUGUGAAAAAAAGUCUGGAGAAAGACUUAAAUUAUUUUUGGAUCCAUAAGUGUGUAUGAGUCUUCCAAGAUCACAGUUUCCAAAUAUGUUUUUGUACAAUUAUACAGAUUUAAGCUUAAUUGAUUCAUAAUUGCCUUGAGAGAAAAGCAGAUUUAAACGCCUAUAAGAGCAACACCCACAAUUUUGCUUGAGAGAUACUAGGAUUUAGAUCAGAUUUACAGAAUUAUUGUCUAAUUGAAGAUUAGGUUUCUUCUUGUUGUUUCAAGGACUUAUCUUUAUCUCUGCUAAUAUUUUCAUGUUAUUUUAUUAAUUUUUGCUUUAUUUAGGAAAAUCUAUGCAAAGGGAAGAAGUGUGUGGAAGAAAUGGAAAGAGCGUUUCUUUGCUCUUGUUCAGGUAUUUUUUAGUUGUGGUUUUAGAAGUUUUAAUCACUUACUAAUCACUAAGUACAGGCUUUUGUUACCUUUUGGGUGUGUUGUUAAAAAUAUCUUUGAGUCUGUGGAUGAAACCCUAAAGUGUUACCAUUCAAAUCAAAGCUACUGAGCAGUACUUUCUUGUGGUACUGUUUAUUAUGCUGUACAAGGUGAUUCUAACUUUUGAGUAUUAUGCUGUAUAAGGUGGUUUUACCCUUUUAGUCUGUGGAUGAUCAUUAAAGCCUAGAGUGUGACCAUUCAAAUGAAAGCCACUGAGCAGUAUUAUACUGUGGUAUUGGUUAUUAUGCUGUACAAAGGUGGCUCUAACUUUUGAGUCUGUGGGUGAAAUCCUUCAGUGUGACCAUUCAAAUGAAAGGUUACUGAGCAGUUCUUUCCUGUGGUACUGUUUAUUAUGCAUCAUUUGAUUCAUCUCAAAAUUAGUAAGAUUUUUUUCCAUUUAUGCCAUAUUUCUUUUAUAUUCAGGUCAGCCAUUACACAUUUGCAAUAUGCAGUUAUCGUGAAAAGCAAGCUGAACCAACAGAAAUGAUGGAACUAGUCGGUUACACUGUGGACUAUUGUGAGGCAAUCAAUGGUACGUAAUCAAAAUCCACAUAGAAACUCUCCAGACUGCUCUCCAUACAUUUCUUUUAAGAAUAGUUGAGAGAAUUUGGUUUGAGAUCAAAGUAUUCUCCCUUUGGUCAUCAAUUUAGUAAUUCUCAUAACCUUUACUCUCGUUGAUCUGCUGAUGUUGUUAGGAGAAAAUUGAUGUUGGUCACUCUUGGACCUAAAGGGUUAAUGGAGAAGGGGGAAACAUUUAAGUACAUGGGUGGGCAGGGUUCCAUCUAUGGUAUUUGAGGGGUAGAAGCUUCCCCCCCUCCAAAUGCCUAUCGUCCCCCCAGGUAUAUUGUUAUCAUUACAGUAUAUAAGUAGCUAUAUUGGAAAAAUCAUCCAGAUGCAACGAGGUCAGUGCAUGUGAAGUAAUUAUAGUAUUCCCUGUCUAAGGACACUAUGUGACGAGGAACAUGAUCACGACUACAAAAAUUAAAAUAAAAUACCACUGUAACAUUUCUCAAAAUUGUCUCAAAAUGCACCAGUACAUAUUCAUUUCAUCAUACUACUACAUGAGAAAUUUCUGCAAUUUGAUUGGCUUAGAGCAGUGGUAUUUCAGCUUAAUUUGAAAUACCUACAGGUGAAAAUUACAACCUUUUGCUGGGGUUAAUUUAAACAAGUAAUAGCAUGAUUUGUACGUGAUAUUUGGCAUAAAUACCACUCGUGAUAUUUCAAAAUUGUCUCAAAUUUCACUCGCCUAACAGCUCGUGAAAUUACGUAUAACAAUUUUGAAAUAUCACUCGUGGUAUAUAGCCAAAUACACUACUAAUCAUGCUAUUACCUAUACAAAAAUUUCCAGGUGCAUGCCAUCAGAUCCCGCUAGGAAGCUCGUGGCUUUCGGCCACUCGGGACUUCUCUCCCAAACGAUAAAUCCUAGAUAGAACCCUGGUAUGCGUCAAAGAAAAGUGGUUACGUGUGCAGGUUGGGUUUAAAAGGAGAUUUAACCCCCCUCCAUAGGAAGAGGCUGAAGGCCCCCUUGGGAAAAAUUUAGUUUUAGGUCGCCUGAUUAGUGCAGUGCGGUGCAUUUUGAGUGACCAGGGAAAGAAUUUGAGGUGCAAGAAUAGCACUCUUUCUUAUGUGCAUUUAGUCUAUUAAAUAGAGUUGUUGUCAUCCAAUGAAGUUUAGUUAAGGAACAAAUACAUGUACCACAGAUUCAUUUUUCUCCAUAAAAUUGAAAAAAUUAUUUUCUGCAAGUAUGUGGAGCUUCCGUGUUUCCCAUGUAUAAAGGGAAUCCAAGCUAGACAGUCUUGGAUUCUGUAUUCCAUGGCGAGGAUUCCAGGUUCCAUUUGCUGGAUGCCAGUUUUUUUUUCAGUGGAACUUGGAUUCUGGAUUUCAAUCAUUAGUGGUUUUCUGGAUUCCUUGAGCCGUAUUCCAGAUUCCAUGGUCCAGGAUUCCGGAUCCAACAAGCAUAAAUUUCCCGGAUUCUGGAAUCUGGGUUCCCUUACAGACUGUACAUGAGGCAAUCCGGGACAACUAGACAGCAUUUAUCACUGGUCGCUGCGGCUUCCAGAGAAAUCUGGAUAUUUUCUUCUUUGGCUUAAUAAAUAUUGUGAUCAUUUUUGUAGAUGAGGAGCACAGGGGAGGAAGAUUUUUCUUCAAAGCAGUUAAAGAGGGAGACCAAGUCUUGUUUGCAACAGAAGAAGAACUUGAACGUCAGAUUUGGGUCAAUAAACUCUACACGGCAACAGGACAGUCACACAAGCCUGUUGCUCCAAAUCUCUCUGCCGUCAGUGUUCAACCACAUGUUAGUAACACACUGACAAGGCUUCAAGGAGGUUGGUCGCGUUAUCAUUGCUUUUUUAGAAACAUUUAUUAUUUAUUCAAAAUUGUUCACCGUUUCUUACUGGCUCCAAUCCCCAGUUAAUUAUUAUAUUCUUCAUGACUAACUGGCGCUUGCUAUAAUUUUUUUUUUGUUAUUUGAAAGAAUGCCAGCAAUAUACAUCGUAUCAUAUUGAAAACAAGGUUGAUCGAUGGUAUAUUUGCCUGGAAACGAGGCUGCUCGGGCAAUAAUGAAUUGAAACAAAUGGCGCUCUCAGUUAUGAUCCUAUCCAGAGACAAAAAAGCUGAAUUUAUGACUAAAUCUGAACAGAAGAAAUGCAAGAAUGUACAAAACAUACUUAUGCCUUGAUGGACGUUACAUCUAUCUACUUUUUGAGGAGUGUCAUCAAGAAAAAAAAACAUCUGUUUAUAUACUGAAAUAGGCCAAAGUUCUGAAGAAAGUACAAGAGGAGAUAAGCUUGUCAAGUACUUAGAUAUAUUUAUUGAGUUCGGCUUUUGUAUGAUGUGAAGAAUAAUCUUGGAGGCUGUUAUCCACCUCUGCCUGAUUAUUAACAUACUCCUCGAUCUGCAUUAUUCUUCACAUCAUAAACAGUUCAGUUAAAUCCAGUGUUUUUUUGCUAAAUAUUCACUGGUUUUUUUUUUAAGAUCAUGAUCGUGCCAGAAAGCAUGGACUUGAUGAUCUGAUUCAAGCUGAACCCAGCACCUUUAAUCACCACGUGCUGUUUGAGAAGCUUCAAUAUCUUACACUGACGCACAGACUCAGUGACUCUUACUCCUGCCUGGUAUGACAUGUUGCACUUCUGUUACAGCAAUGCACUGCUCAGUAGCUUUCACUAUAACUGUAGAAUUCCCUUUACCGACGAGAAAGUUAGAACGUGAUUGCUCUGCAAAGUAAACAGUACCACAAGACAGUUCUGCUCAGUAGCUUUCAUUUGAAUGGUCACACUUACUUUAAGUAUUACAUCCACAGACUCAAAAGUUAGAACUACCUUGUACUCCAUAAUAAACAGUACCACGGGAAAGUACUGCUCAGUAGCUUUCAUUUGAAUGGUCUCACUUAAGGAUUUCAUCCACAGACUCAAAAGUUAGAACCACCUUGUACACCAUAAUAAACAGUACCACGGGAAAGUACUGCUCCGUAACUUUCAUUUGAAUGGUCACACUUUAGGAUUUCAUCCACAGACUCAUCCACAGACUCACUGCCCAUUAACACAACAAACAUCCUUAAAAAGACAUUCAAGCUACAUCGAGACCCCGCAAUCGAAGAACAAUGGGGAGCUUAAGCAAUAAGGACAGCGACGGUUACGAAAACGUCAGUCAAAAAGUGUGUUCGCGCUGCUUUAAACUGUGUCGCGCUUAUUCCAUCUCGUUGUUUACAUCAGAUGUUGGCGAAUUUUUCUGGAGUUGAAUUCUAAAGAACUGUAUUACAGUCAAACCAUAUGGGCUAUAUAGGUAUGUGCCGCUGUGAAGGGUAUGGUUUGCAAGCAGUUUACUCUAGGAUAGGGUAUAUAAAUCAGAGGGUUUGGGUCUAGAAUAGGGUAUCAUUUUUCAGGAAACUGAUCAGUUGGUUGAAGAUUUUAUGUAGACUAGGGAUUGUGGUAUAAGGUUUUGUUUUGGCUAGACUACUGUGCUAGUGACCUCAGUAGUUUCUGGAAAACACUACUCUAGGAUAGGGGGGAUUUGGGCAGUUUACUCUAGUAUAGGGUAGCAAAAUUCAGCUGAACUAGCUCUGGCCAGGGUCCCAGCGGCACAUCCCCACCCAGAAAUUCCUAAAGUACCUGCCCGGGAACGACGGCAAUGAAAAGUACAAAAAAGCGUGAUGCACGUGCAAAGUUGUGUUUUUGCCAAUCUAAUCCUAAUGCUUUUUUUGCCGUCCUCGUUGCCGACGCCGUCGUCGUUGCUUAAACUCCCUAUUGAGUUCCACCACAGUACGGGAUAUUCGUUUGUUGAAUAGAGGAAGAAUGGAGAUUUUAAAGGGGUAAUGACACGCUAUUUGCUAUCAGUUUUAAAACUAUUCAACUCAUAUCUUCGCAUUACUUUAAGUCCAAAAAUAAUGGUCCAGUGUUGUUCUUUAAGAAUAUAUUUUGGCAUAAAAACUGUUCCCUGUCUUCUGUUGCAACAGAUGACAAGGAUAGACGUGGAUUUAAACUUGAAAAAUUGGGCCAACUUUUUCAAGUUUUAAUGCUAUGCAUGCAAAAACCACUAAAAAAAAAUAUUAUGAUUAGUGCUUCCUGAUGAAGUUUGUUCGAUAUAAUGUUAUUCAUAACUCUACAGAGUAAUGCCCUUUGCACAGAAUUGACCUAAAACAGCAAAAUCCUUUUGAUAUACUCCUCUAAGCAAAACUCAAAUGCGCCUUUUUUGUUGUUGUUGUUUCUGUACAAUUAGGGCUGGUUUUCUCCGGGCCAAGUGUUCGUACUGGACGAGUACUGCGCGCGUUACGGCGUACGUGGCUGCCAUCGGCAUCUAAGCUACUUGACGGACUUAUUAGACAGAGCAGAAGCUGGGAUCAUGAUCGACCCCACCCUUCUUCAUUACAGUUUUGCGUUUUGUGCGUCGCAUGUUCAUGGGAACAGGUUUGUAGCUUUGACCGCAAAUUGUACUUUAAAAACGAGGGGGAGAUUGGGCCGAAUAAACUUUUGCAAAGACUUCUGGAUAUGUUGCCAGGGACAGGAAAAAAAUGGCCAAUAGCUGACCGUCGCGUCUCCAGUGACAAUCCCAGAAACAAUUUCGGGACGCAUUUCGGUUCCAGUUCCCUUCUCGGUUUUAAAGCGGCGAAUUCUGUCCUCGUACAUCUACUACAAUUUACGUUUAACCAGUUUUGCAGGUAGUUUUACUUUCACACGUCUUAGUUUUGUGUGGUUGUGUCACUUUUGAGACGUUGAACUUCAAGGCCUAGUAAGUUAUCAGCACUUUUGCUAGCGCGAUACUUGCAUUUUUUGCUCACGUGUUAUCCAGGUUUUCAGGGAGUGCAAUGGAGAGUAGUGUGACGUCACGUUACCAUGGUAGCAAAAUUUCUGGAUCUCAGCAUUACUUCUUGAGAUAGACGGCCAUUUGCAUCGUUGGACGAUGGACGAAAAGUAUUGGCUACAGUUUUGUUCCUGAGUGCAAUACUGCACGAGAAAGUCAUAAAUUUCAUUUUUUUUUAGUUCUUCUUGAGUUUUCUGCCAUAUUUGCAGGAGCACGGUUUGUUGAGAUCCAGAAGUUUUACUGCCAUGGCAACGAGACGUAACGACGGCGUCUCUUUGUACAGUGAAAGCAACGCGUGACAACCAACGAUUAGACCCAAGAUUAAGAUUUUAGAUGCUUCAUGGAUUUUCAUACUUUCUCGCUCCGUUUCGUAACGUGAAUUAUUUUUCUCUUUCCGAGUUGGUAUACGGUGUGUUUUGUUGAAUUGGAAUCGUUCAAUUUCCUCUUUAGGCCUGAUGGCAUUGGGACUAUUACUUCUGAUGAAAAAACUUGGUUUGAGGAAAUUAAAGUUCGUCUGUGGAAUCUACUGGCUUAUCAAAUAACUCAUUACAGGUGAGUGAGAAGACUGAGUUCAUUUACUUGUGUGUGGGUUCCUUGUGGCGGUAUGCAUUUUCACCUACAUUUAUACCAUUUUGAAAUAUGCCCAAAUUUUCAUUUUGAAAAAUAAUGCAAAACUAACAGAAUCAUGUAAAAGUAUUGCCUAUUGUUCAUUUAAAUGGGCACACCAUACGAUGUUAUCCUCGUACUGAAAGGUCAGAAUCACCUUGUACAGCAUAGUAAACAGCACCACAGGAAAAACGUACUGCUGAGUUGCCUCAAUUAUCACAUUUUAGGAUUUCAUCCACAAACUUUUCGGGUGAAGACCGCAGCAUAGAUCUCAUUUUUUUCUGUUCCGUUUCCUUCCAGAUAUUCUUUUCCAUUUGGACGUCCUGAAGGAGCCUUGAAAGCAACGCUUUCUUUAUUUGAAAGGGUAAUCCGAGUUUUCAGUUUCACUGCUGUUUUACUGGAGCGUAGUGGUAUAUUGCGGGGGGGGGGGGUCUGCCACUAGCAUAUGGACUUUGUUGGUAUGUGUCGCUCUAAACUGUAUGGGGGGAUAGGGUAUAUGAGAGUUUUGGCCUAGGAUAGGGUACCAUUUUCCAGGAAACGGAUUAGUUCAUUGAGGAUUUUAGUCUAAACUAGCGAAACUGGAAAUUGACACUAAAAAUUAAAUCGGCAAAUUUAAAUUAACCCGCAACAAAGUUUAAUAGCAAAUAAUUCAGGGUUGUCAUUAAGAGCCGGGGGCCGGGGAUUUUCCCCGGCUACUAAGAGAGUGGCCCCCGGCUACUUUUAAUGGAAAAUAGAAGAAAAAUAGAACCAAAACAAAUCCCUAGCCGUUUGAUUCCCCGCCUAGUUGUUGUAUUUACGCGGCAACUUGAAAUCUUAGUGACAACCCUGAGCAAAGAAAGCAUCGCUAGAUGGUUAUCAUUAAGAACACUACUGGAUAUUAUUUACUGCGACUCUGGGAUACGGAGGGAUUUUGGGAGUUCAGACUUGAACUAGGUCUUGUAUAGGCUAAGGUUUCUUGUUUUCCAGUGGCACAUCCCCACCAAAAAGUUCCUUAUUGUACUCCCGCUCCCCGUCCCUACAAAGUUAAGCCAAAUCUGCUUUAUGCUUACGGGCUGUAAAAGGUUUUGCCCUGUUCUUUUUCCCUAUAGGUUAUGAUGAAAGAUAUUUCCACGCCAGUUCCACCCGACGAAUUUAGGAAAGAAAUUAGAAAUUGUCUUCAUCAGGCUGCUCUGGUGAACUACACGCGAGUGUCGGCAUAUGCAAAAAUCGAAGGUGGGUCUUUAAGCGUGAAAGAAUAGUUCCUGCCUUUUUCUCUCGUUAGUGUUAUUGAACCACCAUGUCCAACUUUUCAUGUACCGAAAUUGAGGAGGCAAAGCUCCUUAAAGCUCCUUGAUAAGAGGUGUUCGCCGACCGUAAUGUCCAAUCUUUUUUAUAUUUUAAGAAUCCGCUGGGGAUCACGUUCCACCUGACACUAAACUGAAUGACAUCAUGCACUUGGCAGAGCUGUGUAUUGAUUUACUGCAUCAGAAUGAGGAACAUCACGCCGAGGUAAACAAGAGUUUUAGCAAGGCUUAUCGUACACUGUUUUUGGGACGCCGUCAAUUAUCAUAGGGACUUUAAGAUCCAACGACGCGACGGCAAUGAGAACGUCGCUUUAAAAGUGAAUUUGCUUUCUUUCUGCCUUUAUCGCAAUUAUUCCUGCCCUCUUACUUUGACAUAUGUAGGUGAACCCUCCUGGAGUUGAAUUCCUAGGGACCAUAUCCGAGUACAGAAAGAGAAAUUCGAUUUCGUCGUUGCUUGUUUACGUCCCCAUAAAACACUAAAUUAGGCAUUUUUCCGUCGUAGUUGUGCAAAAACAGGCAAAGAAAUGUACAAAAAAGCGUGAUGCACGUGCAAAGUUGUUGUUUUGCUUGUAAAACCUAUUGUUUUUUUUUUGACGUUCUUUUUGCCGUCCGCGUCGUUGGAUCUUAAAGUCCCUAAUAGGUAGCUUAAGCAACGAAAACGGCAAAAAAGCAAUAGGUUUACAUUAGCAAAACAACGACUCUGCACGUGCGUCACGCUUUUUUGUACCUUUCUUUGCCGUCGCUGCACGACUACGACGACGUGAAAAUGCCCAUGGAAAUAUACCUUUAGUGGGGAACAUGAAAAAAUGAACACAAGAUAAUGAAUUUGUUUUUUUUCACCUGAUUUUCGAUGCAGUCUUUAAGAAUUCAACUCCAGAAAAAAUUGGCAACAUUUGACGAAUUGAACGAGAUGGAAUACGCGUAAAGUUUGAAGCAGCGCCAGUUAAUUUUUUUUUUAGUGACGUUUUCGUAGCCGUCGCCUUCGUUGGUGCCUAAGCUCCAGGUUCUUGGUACAGCGUUUCGUGGCGGCGACUCUUCGUUUAGCCUUUGGAUCAUUCAUUUACCCCUACCGCUCCCCAUUUUAUUUUUCCACUGAUAUAUCAGUGUGACAGGUGCCUGGUUCCAUUGGAGUGGGAGCUCAUGGUUGGAAGGCGCGGGUUUGCUAGCCGUGGCGUAUAACUCUAGUUUCUCUAGGGACAGACUUUGCCAAAAGAAGAACCUCUAGACAUCCUAGGCACCCGCCUCCACUAAGCGACACAGUUGUUAACUGGAUAUUAACCAGAUUUUUUUUGUUGUUGUUUUUUUUUUUGACUUGCUUUUUUUGCAGGCACUUGCGUGGGUGUCGGAUCUAAUGAUCGAGCACCAGGAAAUCUUCUGGUCUCUGUUCACUGUUGAUAUGGACGCCACACUAAUUGCUCAACCGCCGGACACUUGGCAGAGUUUUCAGUUGUUUCAGCUGUUGAACGAAUAUCUGUCUAAUGAUCGUAAGUGCUUAAAACUAUCUUGCUAAAAAGAACUGGGGGUCAACAUUCGCUUCCAUUAUUACUUGGCUUCACACUAGAGCUUCAUGUAUACUGUAAGUGUACUUUGAACCUACUUUGAGUCUGAAGGGGUUAAAAUGUACCCACUUAAACUUCACUUGGUGACCAGGGAAACGUUCGUAGUUCAAAGACGCCGAAUUUCGCCGCCAAGUAUGGGCUACACCACAGUUAAGAACACACUUGAUCAAUAGGAAAUGGAAGCCACGUGCACGCCACGUGCAUGUGCACGUGCAGCGGUUUCAAGAUUCUAACGAACGGAGAGUUGACAGCUUUUCCUUUAAGUUACAUACUUUGUCAACAAGAGUGAAGCCAUGUUCAUUUCUACACAGCAACGUAGGAUUUCCAAGUGCACUUCAAUCAAGUGCUUACUUAAAACAAACUUAGGUUCUAGUGUGAAGCCAAGUAUUAUCUCAAACUUAAUUUCAACGUUUACUUAGAAUUUUAAGUGGCUAUGUCACGAGGACGUUUUUUUACCGGUCCAUUCUGUGACAGAGCCUGUCCUUAGUGUCUUUGCCAGAGUUAUGAAGAAGAUAUCAAACAAAGAGUACAAGCCAUAAUUUUUUUUGGUGAUUUUUUGCCGGCAUAACAUUGAAACGUGAAAAAAUUGGACCCAAUUUUUUCAAGUUUCAGUCCAUGUUCAUCCUUGCCAUCCCCAGCAACGGACGACAGGAAACAGUUUCAAUGCCUAAGUAUAAGCUUAAAUGACAAAACUGGACCACUAUUUUUGGAAUACAAUUGAUGUGAAGACACGUUUAAGCUUUUUUUUUAAAAAAAAAAAAGAGAGGAAGCAGCGUGACAUAGACCCUUUAAACUACUGCUCGUAGCCGAGUGUUUUAAAAAUUAUUAGCACCACAAUUUAUUGAAAUUGCAAGGCUGAGAAUCCUUAGAUUCAAACCAUGUUUACAUAAUGGUUCAGUUUUGUCCUUGGUUUGAAAUAAAAUGUCUUUUGUUUUUGUAAAUGAUAAUGUCUCAUGAUAAAAUUGAAACAAAGGAAAAUAAAGUUUAAACCAAGGAUAAAAUUGAACCGCAACACCUGUAUGAAACAUUCAGAUACACUUUUGCAUUUUCUUUUUGCAUGUAGUUUUAAUUUAAAAGUAAGUCGCUAUUUAGGUGUGACUGAGUAAAACUUAUAUUUAGAUUCAUUCAUUUGUUCACCACGGAAUAGGAUUUCCGAGUUCAAAAAAACUAUCGAGGUUAAGUGAAAACCUUUCUGUGAAAAUGAGUUUUAUUUCCUUGACAACAAAAAAAGUUAUUAUCUUAUCAAUGGCUUUGCACUUAGCCUCGCUUUGAAACAGAGGUUUGGAGCAACUCGCAAACGGCGUAUUGUUUUGCUCUUGUUUUCAGCUAACCUCAAUCGAGGUAAAUUCCAUCAUCACUUACGAGAUGUUUUCGCGCCGUUGGUGAUUCGUUACAUUGACCUCAUGGAGUCAUCGAUCGCCCAGUCUCUUCACAAAGAAUUUCAAAAGGAAAACUGGAAUCCUGUUAGGUGAGUUAAUCUCGUGACAGUGAACAAUUGGGACCUUAAGAUCCGAAGACGGCAACGGCAACUAGAACGUUAAAAAAGCAAUAGAUUUAGGGCCUACUUACAUGGAGUUCGGGGACCCCAGGUAGGUGAAGUAACCCGCUAAGGUGGGGUAACCAGCCUGUCCAUAUAAUCUCUCAUUUUAAUUUGAUAACGUUUACAUGAUAGGUGGGGUGACCCGCCGUAUGUUACCUCACCUAUCUGGGGUCCCCCACCUCCGUGUAAACAGGCCCUUAAUGAGCAAAACAAACGUGCAGCACACUUUCUUGUACAUUUAUUGCACGAUUACGACGUGAAAAUGUCUAAUUUCUCGUUUCUUGAAGGACGUAAAUAGGCCGCCACGAAGAAAUUCUCCUUUUCUUUCUGAACUUGGAUGUCAUCCUUAGGAAUUCAACUCUAGGAGAGUUCGCCCACAUUUGACAAAGUAAGCGAGUUGGAAUAAUCGUGAUGAAGAUUGAAAGAACGCGAGAUCGCUUUUUGAACGACGUUUUGGCUGCUGUCACCACCAUCGGAUCUUAAGAUCCCUAAUGAUUGAGUCGACCAUAUUUAAAUCGAAAUACGUUUUACGGCAAACGCCAGAUUCAAGUUGAGAAUUUCGGAAAAUAGAAAAUAAGCAGAUAAAACAGCUCAAAACAAUUCUUAUGGAUAAAACUGGCGAGAAACAACUAAUCUUUAAGUAGAGGUAAUGAACAGUAAACGGCAAAGAAAGGAAAAACUUGGUCACGUGGUUUGUCAUAAGCGUGACUCUAAAUCUCUCUAUUUCUUUUCAGAGAUGGCUGUCGGGCGUCCGAAGAACUUUUCUGGAAGCUCACGGUGUUACAGCAGUUCAUUGCAGAAUUAAAUUGGCCUGAUGAGGUGUUGGCUUCUCAUCUCAUGAAAAGACUCAAACUGAUGGCCUCUGACAUGGUGCAGUCGUGUGUCAAGAGGUGUGUAAUUAAAAAAUGACAGGUAUUCGGGUAUUUUCACUGUGUCUACUCCAGGAAAAUUCGAGCUGAAGCAAUGUACCGGUCAAAAAACAUUUAGGAAUCAAGCGCGGGAAAACCUUGAGCCCGUUGCCAAGCGCGGGAAAGAUGGCCUCUGUCAAAUUUGCAAGCCCACUAAUUUAAGAAAGCUGCUGUUUUUACAUUCAAGAUCGAGGUCUCCGCCCAGUAAAUUUGCAGGCAAUGUAACUAUCUGUUAACAAAAGAAAAUUGACUGGUUUGUUAGCUGAGACCCGCGGUUUUAUUUAGUAGACUUCAGGAUUCUAAUAUUUGGCCUGAGGCCCGAAAACGUACCGGCACUUUCAAGAACCGGGCCCCUGUACACGUGAAACGUAGGGUUACCCUAAGGGUUCUUUAGGCUACCCUAUCUGCUUACUAGGGUGACGCUCCGAGUAGGGAUGAACUAUUAGCCAUGUAAGUGAUAGAUACCCCUCCUUGAUUGGUCAAUACCGGCGGGAUCUGUUUAAGUUAAAUUAGCACUAAAAUAAAAGAUUAGCGGUCAUCCAAUUAACAGAUGGGAAAGAAAGCGCUGUAAAGCCACAGAAAAGACUCUAGGGUCACCUGUUAAUCCUUUAAGAGUUGAACCUCCCUCCAUGUAUACAGUAGGCGUAUUUUGAGCCGGCAAAAGCUGUUUGUUUAUGUUCGUCUCGCUGUACUCACCUUCUUGGAUUUUAUGCGAAAGAACUCCUCCUCUUUUUUGGAGUAUCAACUUUGCGCUUACGCGAGCAAGUAAAAUUGGUACGGUUUCAUUAAUGAAGUACGUUUUUUAAUUAAAAAUUGAGACGGAGUCUUCUCAAAAAUGUUACUUUGAUACAGGGUUCGCACGCACCUUGAAAGUCCUUGAAAACUGCAAUCAGUGCUGGAAAGUCCUUGAAUUUAGAUGCUAACAUUAUAGUUUAAGGAGAACUGCAAAGGAAAAGGAGCAGACACAGAAAAAUUACUCGCGUUGUGGAAAAACCAAAAAAGAAAUAGACUCAAGGCUCUUUUUUGCAUUGAAUGGAGUCCUUGAAAAAUGGAAAAUACGUCCUUGAAAGUCCUUGAAACGUCUAUGAAUUUUUUGUUCAAAAUAGGGUACGAACCCAGUUGGUACUACUUUCAGAACCUUAGUAAAUGCUUGUUACCCUUAUCUCGCAGAACAAAGGGGUCUUUUGAAAACUGGCUGAAAAGAACACGAUUUAGCGUGGAACUAAGGGUUCCCAGGACUGUGUGCGUCAUGCUGAAUGUUGUCAUACACGCUAAAAAACAGGUGAGUGCUGGAAAGAGUUCCUUUUGAGAAGUUAGUCCAUAUACGUACAAAUGUGUGAUCCAGUGAAAACCCACGUCUAAGUACCUGGGCCGGGUUGUUCGAAGCUGGGUUAAGGUAACCCAGGGUUAGUGCGAAAUUUGAACUCAGAUAUGAGGGCUUAAAAAGCAAAUUCAGUUAAAUUCUCUUUGCCUACAAUUUGAUGAUUGGAUACUCUAAAGAGAAUAGAGAAAAUCAUCCGAGAGAGUGCUUUUGAUAAAAAGAAAACGAACCCCGGGUUAAAAUUUAACGGCGUUCGAACAACUGGGCCCUGACUGUUAGUCGAAAAUUCGCCAGUUAAGCCCCCUCUAUACAAGAACCUGUUUAGCUUAAAAAUUGAAAUUCUGUGCUGAUAAGUCAAAAUUCAGGAUCCUCUUUGGGGACAUAGGUGCCUUAUCACUCCAACUGCAAUGCAAUGGUGUGCAGAUUUUAAUCUAAUACCACAAAAUGCUUUUAGCUGCAAUUUUUUUUUCAUCAUUUAAUAGACCUCUUUAGCUUGUAUGCUUUGUUGUAUGCACGUAAUUUAAAUGAAAGAGUUCUUUAGAAUAUUAUCUUAUGACCUACAUUGAAAAAAACAAAACUUGCAAGCUAACGUGGCCUGUUGCCGAGCUAAUUCCGUUUUCAUCUUUUCUACAGUCUCGGUUCCUUUGCGCCAGGGAAGAAUCAGAGAAUUCAGAAGUAAGUGAAACCUACUGAAAGCUACUCGUUCAAUAUUUUUCUUCACCUUCAUGUCGGGUGCCAAGCUUGUUUAUAACUCUUGAGUGGGAAGGAGAAAAGGAGGUCCCGCCUGAAUCACGUUAAACCUUUGAGGUCGCCGCAGCCCGAACUUCUGGUCUAGUCAAUCUUGUUCUCUCUCGUCAAACUGGUUUUUUCGAGUGCGAGAAUCCGUUGAUUGAUGAACCGAUGGUCAUUAAAGAACCCGCUGUAGCAAGCACAUGGCUAUUAGGCCUGGGUUCGAAACUAUAUCCUCGCAACAUGUCGCGCAUGCUCAGCAAAGACCUUACUCGAUUCAUGCCGAGUUGAGUACGCCAAUAUCGAGCACGUUAGCAGAGUGGUAUAUUAGGGAGCUUAAGCGGAGGUGUUUUAGACGCUGUUUUAAACGUGAGGCGUUUUCCAGUCUAUUUAAAAAUGCCUUGACGCUAGCAAAGAUGAACUGUUUAGCGUCUUUACUCUACAAGAGACGAUUUGCCCCAUGGUCAAAACCACUGCCCAACAAUGCCAAAAGUCCAUUUCCAGUUGAUGUGCUUCUUUCAAAAACGCCUUUGCUUAAGUUCCCUAUGUUCUCUGUGUAUAGCCCUUCCUUCUCAACAACGAGUGUUAAAGUGGAAAUACAAUCAAAACUUUCGUACCCUGCGAGGUGUGGCGUAGUUUGUCGUUGAGUCCUUAUUGUCAUAAAUCUUCAAUUUUAAAAUAUUUUAUUGCCGGAGUUUUAUGGAAUUCAGUGUAAAAGGGAACCUCCAUGACGUGCUUCUGUCUUGUUUAUGUACGUUGUAGCGAUUUUAUUUGGUUAAAUUUUAUCUACGCUAUAUGCAUUCAUCUCUUCUUCUUGUUCCAGUAUCGCUAUCAUUCAGAUGUCUACAUCUUUCUCAAAGAUGUCGUUCAGGAGAUGACCUCAUCCUUUAUCGCCAAGGUAACUAUUACUUAAACAUUCGUUAGCGGUAGGUUCGAGCUAUCGAGGGUUCGAGUUACCGAGGGUAAAAUUACAGUAAGUGUAAGAAGGAAAUCCAGGGGAAAUCGAUUUAGGGUUAGCGCGAGGUUCGAGUUAGCAAGGGUUCGAGUUAUCGGAAGUCAACUGUAUAUGAUGAAGGAAACUACAGUCUGAGACAGAAGUUCAGUUAUACCUCCCCUGCGGCGUAUUAAUUUCAAAAUAAGGUGAUGUUUUUGCUAACGAUUUUCAUAAUUCUCGACGAACCUCUUUUGAGCGGCCAACUUCACGUAACCUCCAUCAAGCGACCACUUGUUGGUGGCCCAAGGGUGACCCGUUUAUGGCGGUUAAACUGUAUUUACUCGUGAGAUCACUCAUUCGCGCACGACGAGCUGAAGUGUUACGUUGUUUUUCAGCUCAACAGUGUGUUGGAGUCGCUGUUGUCCAAAGUAGCUCGAUAUGAUCAGGGAUCCAUCUUGGCCCCCAUGUUUUCACUUAUGGUAUGUAUUGGACUGCGUGGCAGGCGUCAGAAGGAGAGGGAGAGGAGGAGGGGAGGAGAGGGAGAGGGAGAGAGGAAGAGAAAAAGGGAGAGGGGAAUGCGCUUUUCUCCCCCUCCCCCUCCCCCUCCCCCUCCCCUCCCCCGCUCUCUCCCGUCUAUUUGCCUGCCACUUCCUUCACAUUUUCAAUAGGUUUGUCUCCUGAGAAAUUAUAAUCCCCCCACACUUCCAAACCCCAUUUCAGAGGAACCUUUUAACAUCGAGUGGAAUCCCUCGUCGCGAAAUUUCCAGAGAGCAAUUGCCCACUCCAGAACUCUUGGAAGAAUAGCUACAGCCUUUGGGCGCAGUGAUUUCUUGGAUAGUUUGGGUGAUCAGGGAGUAGUUAUUAUUAUGGGAUGGUUGGUAUAAAGGCAACCAUUGGCCAAUCAUAGGUAAAGUUUUUCCAUCCAAACUAUCCCAGAAACUGUUGCGCCGAAAGCUUGUACCCUACCCUUAAAGUUUCUGAAAUGGGGAAUAGCCCACGUUCGAUAUAUUAGGCUGAUUUAGCAACAGAACGGGUACGUCAGUUGACGACGGCGCCCGCAAAUCAAACAGCUGGUUUGACCAAUGGCAGAGCGGCAAAUUGGACUCCGGAAGUCGAGUGUAGUCCUUACCGCGUGCUUUCCCGCCGUCAAAUGACGUUCCCGUUGUGUUGCUAAAUCAGCCUAUUAAAAUUCUAACAUGACUCCGAGGCUUUAGGCACAAAAUUGCAACUUUUUCACGACUGUAUUGUCUCGCAGUUCCCAGAAGAGACUUGAGCACAAAGAAACCAAACCAAAUAUAGAAAAAUGACCAGAAAGCCUCGGAGUCGUGUUAGAAUUUUAAUAUAUCGAAAGUGGUCCAUUAGUAUCCUACGAAAUGCGGAUAAUCUACAUGUUGAGAUCGGGGCUUUUACAAAAAGCCAUAUCCUGAUGGCUCGGCUGUGUAGAUUAGAAGUUGGGUACGAGCAUACUUUUUCUUGGGUUAAGCAAAAGAAAACCUAACUUUCUUAACGUUUUUUUUUUCUGACUUGUUUUUACAGAAUCCUGGAACAGAACUUGAGGAUUCAUACCUGACUUUCUUCAACUCAAACUUGAAGGAACUUCGAGUUCACUUAAACGACGAGAAAGUGAAGAGACAGGUAAUUAAGGUAAGGUUUGGAAAUUUAGAGUAAGGUGGGGGCAAAAUUAAAUUCUUACUCCACUAACACGAGAAUAGUGAAAAGUUUAUUUAGGGUGCGUCAGUCAGUCAUCUGAUGCAGAUGUAUCCUCGUUAAGAAAAAGUCUUUUGUUUGUCCUAGGCUAGAACGUGUUCCACGCCAGAUACGAAAAACUUCUAACUAACCACCCUUGAGAAGUGGCCUAAAGAAUGUGUGGAAACUUAUUCUCCGACUAAUGCAGUAGAAAGAAAACCCAGGGAAAGGGUUUAAGCGAAAGACUUAAAACGGUGAAUACCUUGUGACAAAGACUACUCAAGAAGGGGUUCUUUUCAAAGAAUGCAGGUCCAGAUACUUAAAUACAGAAACUAUAUACGGAAAUAAUAACACCAAAACAUAUACAGAUCUGAACACGUAAGAAUAUGAACUUUCGGAAAAGAAACUUUGCAAAACAAGGCGAAAGCGAACACGACGACUGACCUGACGUAGAAUGCCACAGAUCCCUUGCCAAAAACAUAAAUAGUCCGAAACCAUCCCACGGGCCUCCGCGCGCCUCUAAACCUUGCAGUCAGAAUAUUUAUUUCUGGCUAAUUCGUUCCCAUGUCUCUCAAUCGUCAGAAGUUACAUCUUUACACAUAAUUCUUUCACUCUCUGUUGAGUCUUUGGGAGAUGUUCAAGAUGUAUUCAUCCUCCUUUAGCUUUUUUGCUCAGUUCUCGGCUCCUGUCCUUCUGAAAAAGUUCGGGAGAAUUACACUGUUGUCUCUGAACUUUUCUAUUGUUGUUGUUACAAUCUGGCGCUCUAGAAGGGUUCUGAGUAUUUUACUUUAUUCUUAAUUGAACUAAUGGCUAUCCUUUCUUGUAGGAGUGGUACACGUCUGUAAUAACGAAGAUUUGUGACUGGUUGUCAGAUCGGAUGAGUAUGGCGUUACAUCAGUACCAAGUCCAAACUCUACUUGCGCUCGCGGCGGUAAGUUUGUCACGCAAUGAAUAUGCGUAGUUCUAUAUCCGAAGAAAAGCGAAAACAGCCGACAUUUCGCGACGUCAACACGAAAUGUCAAAAUGUCGGCUGUUUUCUCAGGAUAGGCAUGACAUGACAUGACUACCAGUGUUUUUAUCUGCUAUCGUGUGAACUGCGGGGAUGUGUCAGGGUAAGCAUGUGAAUCCCCAAAUUGAAAGGUGGGUUAUUCUACCCCGGACUACUCCGUGGAGAGGGUUUUUUUUUUGGUAUAAUUUGCCUCCACCCUAGUGUAUGAGUCAGUACUGGAGUCAUAAUACGUACUCUUCUUCGCAGCUGGUUUUUGUGUCGUCACGCAACGCCUUUCUUUUCAAGAGAGGAGGAGGGGAGGAGCGCUGCGUGACAACACAAAAACGGCUGUGCAAGAGAGUGAAGACACUAUAAAACACUGGGGUAACCGUGCGAUGGACUAGCAUCACUGGCAUGGGAUAGUUAGUAAACAACCGGAGCUACGUGCGGGGGGGAUUAAUUACUCUUAAAACCCUAGGGGGCUUCAACAAGCCUCCUUCCGUAGGGGAGAAACUUGUGUGUACGUUCGGGACCGGAUUAAAGAUGCCCCCUAUAAAUUUCCUAGGAACUUCCACAAUUUGUCAGUGAUGACCAGUUGCCGUCCCGUACUAUUUACUCCGCAACCUACAACACAAUGUUCUCCCGCCUUCGCAUGGAGGACGCCAUGCACAAGGGACAGAGCAUUUACGACAUUGAGGAACAACCCUACCCGGGUGGGGAUAGAGAUGACGAGGAUGAGGAGACGGAGUCGAGUGAUGAAGAGGCGUUUAUUAAAUUGGAGAAUAGGACCUAGGAUUGCUACAAUAAUGGCGCGAGUUAAAAUAAUGGCGGGAAUUUUUGGCGGGAAAUGCUACCUGCCUUUUCUGCGCUCAUACGAUGACAUACAUUCGAAAAACCUAAGUUAAUAUAAAAUUUAUUAAACAUGCCAGUAAUUUAUUAACAAUGGCCUCUAAUGUACAAGAAAAGGAAAGUAAGAUAAAGAGACGCAAUAAAUUUUAGCGAAAUGUUUAGUUAGGAAAGUCAAUGUUGUAUCGAGCUAAGAGAAAACUUCAAACUAGCAAAUAUUUCCAGCUACAAAUGACUAUGUAGUCGUUGUACACUAGGCAGAUCAUACAAAUGAAGUCUUACUGCAAGUGUAAAAAGAAAACAACAGUUAUAGAGAACGAUAGUAGUAAAAUGUUAGAAGUUCGUUUCAUAUUUUCUACGAAGAGUAAACGUCGGGUAGUUUUGUGGGUUUUGUUUUAAAAGAUCGUAUUCUUUACUUUAGAGAAAUCUUUUAAAGAAAAGAAAAAUUAUUGGUAAAUGAGAGACUUAAUACGGAAAGCUUAUGGUUAAAAUGUCGCCUGUGACGACGAGGCUGCUUGUAGUCUAAAACAACUUGAACCAAAGCUGACGUACUUCUACCAGUCAAACACUAUUUUUAAACUUCUCGAUUGUCGGGCCAAACCACUUUUCUCCAGGAAGUUGGGAAAAUCGGGAUUCCUCUGUAGUUUAGCCUGUCCAGGCAGUAGUUCGUUUCGUAAGUUUGUUAUGAAAGGUUGAAAGGUGUAAAAUCUUCACCAUUACUGGCAAUGGAGCGUUUAAGGGCCUGUUUACGUGGAGUUGAGGGACCUCAGGUAGGUGGGGUAGCCCGCCUGUCCUAUCUCUCCCCACCUAUCAUGUAAACGUGAUCAAAUUGAAAUGAGAGAUCAUAUGGACAGGCCGGUUACCUGACCUAAGCGGGUUACCUCAACUACCUGAGGUCCUCCACCUCCAUGUAAACAGGCCCAUAGCUUGUAUGUUUUGUUUUCCCAAUUCAGACCAGAGGCCCCCAAGAGAAUUUUCCGUAAAUCUUUUUCAUGAAUUAUGCAUAUAUAUGCUCUUCGACAGGACAACAUUUGAAAGAAACAGUUCUCUGGGGUAACAUAACUGUUUUUUUGUUAUAAAGCUGGAAAUUUUUUCCCAACAGCGCGCGCUCUCAUUGGUUACUUCGAGGUCACAUGACAUAUAUCAAUAAAACUGUUUCCCGUCAAAAUCUCUGAGCGGGCAACAUUUUGGAAUCUAUGACGUCAGAGGGUAACAGUGCACUGUUACUCGCGAAUGUUGACCGACGACCGCUGUUACAGCGAGGUUUGAUGAAUUUCCAGGGUCAAAAUUUACAGCUUUAUAACAAAUCACUUACAGACUGGUCCCUCGGGAAACAGUUGAUUUUGUUUCCCUCGAAUCUCAAAAACAAAAUUAACUGUCUCCUUCGCGACCAGUCAUUUUAGUGUUUAAUACAAGCUAGAAAGGUCUAUUGGUGCCUUUCAUGUUGAAGAAUAGGACGGUUUUUACAGCUCAUCCUCAAGCUCGGCUCGUACUCGGCUCUGUCUAAACUGGACCCUACU